ACAGAUAUUCAUACUAUACAGGGUAAUACCUACUCGUGGGAUAAGGUAGAUGGAGAUACGGGAUGUAACCAGCGGUUGACUUAUACAUACCAUUUCCUGGUCUGAAUAUCUCGCCUAACCCCUUGGGCUGCGCUGUAAUGCCAGGUACAAAAUAAAGCCCUACAUUGAUGCCUCUGCCUUGUUUUUACGCCCGUGCAUAGUACAAAGUACAGUACCCCCUACCCUUCUAGUUGCUCCAUGUGGAAGUAGGUACAGGUACAGGACACUCCCUAAAUGCUAUCGAUAACCAUCGGGCACUGCAACAGCAACUUGAUGCCUUGGAAGCUGCAACCUCCAUGCACCGCAUAUUAACCAAUGUCCUGAUUCUGCCACUUGCAUCCUCUUCCUCAGUUCUCAAUCCAUUGCCAGACGGCUCUUUGUGCUCCUCAGAUUACAAGUUAACAGGUAACAUGUGUUCAAUCUAUGCCUCAACUGCGCAAUGCGCACUCACAUGUUACGUGAACAAGUACCCAUUUUGCGAGCCGUUUCCGGUGUCUCAACGUCUCAACACAGACACACGACAUUAUCGCAGGGUCAUCUGCCUUUCCCCCUCCCUGCAGUGCAACAUAUAAUUGAGUGGGGUGCGUUUGCUGGCUGUCCCCCACGUUCUCCGUCGUGGAAGAGACGACUUAUGCUCAACGACUUGGUGGCAAACCGCGGUGAAGGAGAACGGACAAAGGGAUGAGAAGAUGACAAUCGUGUCUCUCGCGGUGCAAUCUGCAACAAACAAUGGAUGCGACGCU